AUGGCCCCCGUUCCGCACUACGUCAAGUCGGUAGCCCUGAAGAACGCGACGUCGCACCCGGUGAAAGUGACGGCCACCUUUGGCUCGGACGAGUUCGAAGCCGAGGGAAAGGCCAAGAUCCGCGAGACGCGCGAGCUCGCGCCCGGCGCCGAAGCGACGCUCGACGAGCGCGAGUACGACAUGGGCGGCUGGACGGCCGUGGCCGGGCUCUACUCGCUGGAAGUGGAGCACUCGCGCGACCACGCGGUGCUCGGCAAGACGUUGUACACGCCCAGUGUCAACCGUAUCGUGGACGUGCUGCACGUGGACAUUGGCGCAGACGCGGGCGCCAAGAGCUUCAAGGUCGCGGCUGUGCGGGAGGCCUAA